AUGGCCGGCGAGAGGCAACCAAGCCAGAACGCCCAUUUGCCUACCGAUAUGGAUCAUAUGCAUUUUCACGCCAUCCAGCGGUCGAAUGGGAGAACGGAGUCCACCUCUACAGAGAAUGUGCCAUCCCGAAUUCAACAAGAUCUUGAGAAUCGUCCUCAUCUCGCUCCUCGAAAUGUGGACAUCACCAAGAAAGUGUCGCCCUACGGACACGACGAUGCAGCCGACGUACAGACAAUGGCCAGUCUCUCCAAACGCCAAAUCCUAAACGAUGCAUCCUUCAAUGCCAGCCUCACGUCGCAGGGAGACUCGGAACAAGGAAGCCUGCCGCCCGUUGAAAGACAUCUCCAAGUCGCAAUUCCAACCUCCUCUCCAGGGCUCACCACAUUCGCCUACCAACGGGCUCUGCGCAAUCGCAUCGAAGCUUCCAAGCUCUUGAAAGACAACACCUACGACCUUACUAGAUACACGCCCACAUUCAUUCACGAUGCACUAAUGCUACCCGGCUCGCUUGCCGGUCUCCUUUCCAAAGGGUCCGCGGGAGACCUGAUCAACCGCAUGACUCCAGCCUUCCUGCCCGGCUGCCACGCACACCUUGAUCAGGAAAGUCUCCAGCCCUGUCUCGUUCGCGCCGACAACGCGCAAUCUUACGUGCAAGGCAUGCUAGUCUUCGGUCAAGGCAAGGCUUCAAGAGAUGCUGUCCACCAGCACUACCGACCCGGAGCCAAGCGGCGCAAAGUGGGAGUCGAGAUCGAUGUGGAGUGGACGAUUGAGGACUCUUUGGCGGGCACUUUGGAAGAAGAAAUGCCAAUGAGGAUCGAGUUGGAUGGCAAGGGCGAUGAAGCUCACGAGGAGUGGCUCACAGAGGAUAGCAGCGUGGCUACUUUGGCAGGCAAAGAAGAGGGGCAGGUCAAUGGGAAGCACGAAGCACCGGCUUUCUAUUCCUUUGAGAGGGACACUUGGUUGGAGUGA